GCAGGUUCGGGUAUGCCAGAUAUCUCAAAAGUCAAUCUAAGCAAUCACUAUGAGUUCGGAAUCGGGUCAACAGGACGUUGAGUCGAAGCCCAAAUCGGUUGGGAGUCCCAGUGCUGGUCACGAGUAUGAGGAUGUGCUUCAAAUAAUUGGCUUCGGGCGAGUGCAAUGGAUCGUCCUUUUGGCCGCAGGACUUCUCCUGAUGAUGGUCAUAAACGAGACCAUGGGAAUGUCCUACAUCACCAUAGUAUCCCAGUGCGACUUCGAGAUGAAUUCAAUGGAUAAGGCGGUUAUGAGUGCUGCCAGUUUUAUCGGCAUAUUCUGCUCAUCCUACUUUUGGGGUUACCUAAGUGAUACUAUAGGCCGCAGACCAGUGCUGAUCUAUACGACGAUUGCCGGCAAUUUCUUAUCCCUAUGCUCCACUGUCAUUCCGAACUACUGGCUGUAUGUCUUUAUCCGCUUCGGAGUUGGAUUUUUCAUUGCGGGAGCAUCAUCAACAACCUAUGCGUAUCUCGGGGAAUUCUUCACUCCCCGUCAUCGACCCAUCGCCAUCAACUACGCCAGUCUCUUCGUGGGAAUAUCAACCGUCUAUGUUCCAGCUACCGCCUGGCUGAUACUUUCGAUGGACUGGAGUGUUAGUGUAACCGAUGGCUUUGCACUGCGCCCUUGGAGAUUGCUGACCAUCUUUUACUUGCUGCCUGGUGUGGUGGGCACAUUGAUGUUGUGGUCACUUCCGGAGAGUCCCAAGAUCCUAAUGUCCUUGCACAAAACCGAAGAGGCUUUCGCGGCCGUCGAUUGGAUUGCAGUGACGAAUUCGGGUAAACACUUGCACGAAUUCAAGGUCCAUAAACUGAAAACAGAAGAUAACGCGAAUGGUGAGAAUAUACUGCUCAUAUCCAAGUCAGCAUUUACAACAAUCAAGAAAAUGUGGAAGGAAACUUUGCCGCUUUUGAGGAGGCCUCACUUGCUGAACUUCGUCAUCAGCUGUACCAUUAUGUGUGGUCUAUUUUUCAGUUCUUCGGGCAUGGGACUUUGGUAUCCGGAAAUUCAAAAUCGAUUGGGCUCAAAUACAGCCGAAGAUUCAAUGACUGUUUGCCAAGUGAUUGAUGCGUCAAUUGAUCAAAUGCAAGCGAAUGCAACCAAUAAAGUUUGCGACGACCACAUAAACACCAAGAGCUAUAUAGACACCAUCACCUAUGGAUCGGCCCUAAUCGUUGGCUAUAUCUUGAUGGGUCUCAUUAUCAACACGAUUGGGCGCAAGGCCUCGAUUUCCAUUGGAUUGACUUUGGCCGGAGCCUGUGCAAUUGCACUGAUCUUCAUAAAGGACGAGGUGGCUAUAGUGGUUUGCUUCUGCUUGUAUCUGGUGCUGCCAGGACUGUGUGUCUCCAUUCUGAGUGGAGCAGUCGUGGAUCUGGUGCCCACCCACCUGCGGGGAAAAGCGGUCUGCAUUUGUUUGAUGUUGGGUCGCACGGGAAGUGUUUUCGGCAGUAAUAUCAUCGGGGUGCUGCUGGAAUCCUACUGCUCUCUUACUUUCGGAGUCUUCUCCGGGUUUGUUCUGGUAUGUGCAAGUCUGACGUUGCUGUUACCAAUUUAGGACUUGCCAUUUAAUUUUAAGUAGCUAAGUUUAGUUUAAGUACCACAAUAAAUUAAAAUGAUUAAGG